UAGAACUUUGGGACAGUGGUGGACUUGGACAUUGUUUGCAGAAAAGCAACAGAAAGUGAAGAAACCCUGCAGUGCAGACAAAGAGAAUUCAGCGAGCUGCCUGCAGAUACGCAUACACUUCCCAACAUCUGGUGUGCUGGAGGACGGGGCGAGCCGGAGAGACAAACUUUGGAGGCGGAGAGAAAACUAUCUUCGUUGGAGAAAUAUGCAUUGAAUUUGGGAGCUUUGGGGCACCUACAUGAGCCGAAAAGAGAUUUGGUGGUCGUGUAAGGUGACAAGAGUGGAGGUAAAGAGGACGGGAAAGGUCGCGGAGGGCGAGAAGUCCACCUGGAGCGGUCAGAGAAUGAAUUAGCCGAAGGUUUGGCUGCACCGCGUCCCAGCCAGAGAGAAGGCUCACUCCUUGGCCCCUCCACCCCCUCCCAUAAGAGCCAGGCCUACGCCCAUGGAUGAGGAGAGGAGUGCCCCUGCCAUCUCCCCAGAGCCACCUGAUGAGGGGGACUCCAGUCCAGCUCCACAACCCAGUUCAGACACAACCUCGAACACAGAGAGAGCAAACAGCUGUCCAAACCCAAAGCCCUGUCCUAGUCCAGAUGUGGCCCACACCUAUACUGAGCCCCUCAUAUUGAGGUUAAAUGGCACCCCAGAAAGGUUGCGAGGAAAUGAUGGAGACAAGUGGAGCGGCAGCCUCUCACACUCGGAGCUUACAACACCCAGCAAGAGUAUUAGAACUCAACCAGCAGCCAGAUCCUCGCCCGUCCACCACACCCAGCCAUGUCGGACACAGCCCAGCAGCCAACUACGCAACGGAGCCAAGCACCACGCGCACACACACUCCCCUCACACGCACUGUCCGCAUCACACGCACACGCCUAAAACACACACCCACCAGCCUAACGGGGUCAGGAACGGGGGCCCUCAUGGGCAUCCCAAGCUGGGCUCCCUCCCGAGAGGCGAGUCAUCCACCUCUUCGUCGUCUUCGGCGGGACCCAAACACACCAAGAAAUUGCGGUCCAACCCCUCCAUCACAUCCCAGAGCAGCAAGAGGAGCAAGAGCAGCUCCAAGAGCAACAGCUCCCAGAUUCCCACACAGCCAAAGGACGACUGCUGUGUUCACUGUAUUCUGGCCUGCCUCUUUUGUGAAUUCCUAACUUUUUGCAACAUCGUGUUGGACUGUGCCACCUGCGGCUCCUGCGCGGGGGACGAGUCGUGCUUCUGCUGCUGCUGUGUGUCGGAGGAGUGCGGCGACUGUGACCUGCCGUGUGACAUGGACUGUGGCAUCAUCGACGCCUGCUGUGAGUCUGCAGACUGCCUGGAGAUCUGCAUGGAGUGCUGCAGCCUUUGCUUUUCCUCCUGAGGGCCCCAUCCACCACCACAGGGGGCGAAGUGCAUGUCUGCUACACACUCCCACAAGCCCAGGAACAACUUUGACCAGUGUCUUAUUAGAGCUGGGAAGCGCUACACUCGUCUUUGUUGUCUGGGCUAUGUGGUUCACACUAUAUUGGCUGGCCUAUUUGGCUCCACAAUAUGCUUCUUACAAGGUUUGCCAAGCAAAAGAUGCUGAGAGCAGUCACUGGUAAUUUAUUCCCUCUUUUAUUGAUCAAACGAUGGGACAGUAGCUUCCCUGCCUUGCCUUUGCUGUCGGCCCAUUGCUACACAACUGGAUGUAUGGUGCAGAGUGAGAUCCAGCUCUGGUCCACCAGUGUCUGCAGACCAGGCCUCUGGACACUCACAGAACAAGAUAUUUUUUCACAAUGGAGCCCCUUGUGCCGUCUGAGUGACUGGAGUUCUCCAAGCAUGAAAAAUGACCUCCAAAGGCAAAUGAGAAAAUGGCUCCAUUUAACCGGAUUUUAGUGUUUCUGUAGAUAAGAGAAGCAGCAUAAUGGGAAAACGGACGCUCAGAUCUCAGUAGAAACGUAGUCUGUCCUCCUGUCCUUGGCAAGGUUAAGGUCUUUAGUUUGAUUGCCUACAGUGGCCUUUGUGACACACACACACACACACACACACGCACGCACACGCACACACAAAGUGGAGGAUGUUGAAUCCACCGCUGUCUUUGUUCUUGUUGCAAUGUACAAAGUAGAGAAAACGUUAAUGGUGGCUUGUGGCAAUAUUAAUGACAAAUUUAUUUUUGUUAAUAUGCAUCUCACUUAACAGACUUAUUCAGAGAAGAAUCAUGAGAGUGUCAGCCUGAAGACGGGUCCAAUUAAAUGAGUUCUGUAAGUGACGGGACAUCAGAGCAAAUGGUUGGUAGCGUACGUCAUGGACACAUUCUCUACUCUAACAUGUGAAGGGAGAGAGUUCUUAAUCAAAGGUCUCUCCUCGUUUAAUGUUUCACAUCUUGUUUACUUUUACAUUGUCUAUUUUGGAGGGGCUUUGGCUAUAUUCAGUGGAUUCCUCCUCGUCUGAAAGGUCAGGAUUGGAAGGCAUCAUCUCUUUUUUUAAAUACGUUUCAUUUUUUCUUUCGUUCUUGCUAUGUGAACAAAUGGCCUUGGCUUAGCUUAAGGCCUGAAUUUUCGAGUAGAUUCCUCGCCUUUACCAGAUCUCUAUUAAUCCUUGUUUUGUAGAUUUUAGUUAAGAUAUUUGCAUUUCUCCUCUAAUGUGAAAAUCACAUUUCUGUGUUAUCGGGUUUCGCCGGGCUCUCUGUAAAGCAGACAUUGCUUAACAUCUAAUUUAAUUCCUUGAGUGAAAAUCUCACGACAUUAUUCUAAGUUAGAUCCAUAUGCUCGUAGUGUGAAUGGUACGCUUUUGAUAACAGGCCCGCACUCUCGUAUGCUCAGAUGCAUACCUUCUCCAACCCAAUACCUCUUGAGAUGUCACCCAGAUCUGUUGUGCAUUUUACAAUGACUUGAUACAAAUCUCUCUCUCCUCUCUGAUCAAAUACUGUUUGUGCAAUCCUUUUUUCUUGGAAAUACCAAAGAGUUUUCCUCUUACUGGACCUUAGUAUCUAGAUCUACAAUUACUUGUACUUUGAAGGGUCUUUGCUAUGCUAAUGUGGCUGUGGUUGGUUAAACCCUAUUUUAAGGGCUGAAAAAUAACACUGUUGAUUAAGAAUAUACACUAAGGCUGCAAAUCAACCUGAUCACACAGAAGCAGAAAAAGCAAGUUAUUCGGAAAUCAACAAAUGCAACUUGAGACGAUAUUAUGAGUCUUUCAUGUCUGUUUAUAUCAGAAUGGAUGCGUUUCAAAUUUUGACACAUGUUUCAAAAUCCUGGAGAGCCCUGGAAAACAAUGCAAUUUCCUUACAGUACAAAGAGAUGUAUGAAGGGAGAACUGGAAUAUAUAAUGUGUAUAGACGUGAUAACAUUUGUUUGUUUUUUACAACAUAUUCCAAGUGCAGAUUUUUGACAAUGUUGAUUCAUCUAAUGACAUAUUCUCCGUCACCAGACCAACCUUGUCACAAGAAGAAUAGGGGUGGACUGUGAUAAAUAUCUGGGGAGGUGCAAGGCUAACCGUUAUGCGUUUUAAAGCAAAAUAAAAACCCUGGUUUGUUAACAACAGAGGUCAAUCAUUACAAAUAAAAAUGAGCCUACAAAUGUUAGUUAGCUGCUGAUGAACAAGCUAAUACUUGCAUAACUGGCCUUCACUGUUGACAAUGGCCCGGCUACUCUGCCUAUUAGCCAGCAGUGUAAAAAUAAACAGUUCACCUUUCUUUCAUGCAAACUACUUUGUUAAGGCGAGCAGGAAUAUGAAUACAUAUUAACAUAUGUUUCCUACCUGCUCAUUGUACAGCUAAAACAAUAGGUUCACUGUUCAUCAACCCAACCAGGGCUGUCCUCAACUACCGAAAUUAUUAGUUGACUUUUGUCUACCCAGAAUCAUGCAUAAGCACCACUUUAAAUUGCGUGUUCAUCACGGAUGUGCUCAUAAAUGUCUUGUUUUAUUCAGCAUAAAAAAGCAUUUUCUUUAAAUCAAUAAAUUGCACUAAAAGAAAUAUUAGUCGACCAAGACCAAAAAGACUGAUUAGUCGACUAAUCAACUAAGAGGGGGCAGCUCUAAACCCAAACUCAUAUACAUCCUUUUUCCUAUUUAUAACUCUGGCUCAAAUUUCCAGAUUUGCACACUGCUGCAGAUUCUUACUGGCCUCAAACACGGUGCAAAGGGUCAAUCUUUCAAAACCUAAAUAAAUCCAGUGUUCAUAAAUGGGAAUUUCCCAGACAGGCUUAUCUGUCGUCUGUUGCUUUCUAUUAUGUUUAAUUGAUUUAAUUUUUGCUCAAAUUCCUGUUUCCAGCACAGAUGUAACUGGAGGAAUAAAGUCAACAAAAAACCUCCCUGUGACAGACAGCAUGGCUUUGCAACUCUCUUCUUGGCGGUAGAUCUUAUAAACUUAUCUGACCCUCCUUUGAGGUUCCUUGUUUCUAAAAGAAGCUUCACCUGGACUUUUCAAGAGAUCCUGUUGGACUGUAAAGUGGAGGUACAGCAGAGUCGAGCGGUAAGUCUGUCAAUGCUACAGCUAGGUUGUGCUAUGCAACAUAAAUCAUGUAAAAACAACUUUUUAAUAAAAGGUCCAGGUUUAAAAACAGUGAACACAUCAUUUAAGUUUUAUUUAAUGAUGUUGGAAUAAUAUUUUAUGACUUGAUCAUUAAAUACAUUUUACGUCUACACUGAGAAGUGUUUCACAAUUGGUGCAGAAUGGAGGCAGGCUGGAAGGAUAGAAAACAUUGAUCGGUUGGUCUGGAGACGGAGGACGCUGUCUGUUAUUCCCUUGAUUGUAGAGAUUGUGCGUCUGUACCAGACACCUCAUCAUGUCAUCUCCAAAUGUUUCCCUUGUACUCAGUCAAGCUAUUACAGCAAUACUGGAAGAAAACAAGUUUACUUUCAAUGAUGUCCAUACUCAGUAUUAUCAGUAUUUUUGUCAGAAUUACCCGACUACAGACAUUUCUAAUUGUUGACUUUCAUGGAUUUAUUAUCUUAUUAUGAGAUGUCAUUUGGAUAUUGAUUUAAAGGGCUGGCCACCUCUGCUAGUAAUCAGAAAGUUAUCCUAGCCCAGAUGAAUUGUUACUCGACUGUAGUCCACUAUAAUGUCAUUUUGUUUACACUACCCCCGUUGUAUGUCAAUUUGAAUUGCUGU